AUGCUGGCUUCACGUGCCGCUCGUAACUUGAAACAGAGCGACGGCAAUCCGAUCUACUAUUCCACUUUCCAACUUUCUGCCGAUGCCAAGUAUUUGCUGCUGGGAACGAACGCCGAGAAAGGCUGGAGACACUCGGUCUUCGCCGACUAUUGGAUCUACGAUACCGAGGACAAGACUGCCACGAAGCUGGCGCAAUCGUCGUCCGACCACCACAUUCCGAACGAAAUUGGGGGCGGAAAGGUUGCCUUGGCGCUGUGGAGCCCCUCAGGCCACUCGAUUGCGUGGGUCCGUGACAACGAUUUGUAUGUCACCGUCGAUUCCACGGUUGAGGUCCGUCUCACCCACGACGGCUCCAAAAACAUCAUCAACGGAAUCUCGGAUUGGGUUUAUGAAGAGGAGGUCCUGUCGUCCCACUCGGCCCUCUGGUUCUCGCCAGACAGCACUCAUGUCGCCUAUCUCAAGUUCAACGAGACGAGCGUCCCAGAGUACCACCUCGAGCUCUUUGAAACCAAGGGUGCUGGGUCGUAUCCCAAGGAGGUCUCGGUCAAAUACCCCAAGGCCGGUGCCCACAACCCGAUUGUCACGCUGCACAUCGCCACUCCCUCGAGCUCCAAUGCUAGCUCGCUCGACCUCCCCGUCGUCUUUGACCCCCUCCACAACUUUGGAGACGAUGACCGGCUGAUUGUCGAGGUGAACUGGGUCGACGAAAAUAGCCGGCUCCUGGUCCGGCUGACAAACCGUGUCCAGGACACACAGAGACUGUUCCUGGUUAGCCUCACCACGGACCAGGCCUCGGGUCUUCCGGCCUGGAUUGGCACGCUUGUGCGGGAGGAGACAACGCCCGAUGGUGCCUGGAUCAAUCAGCUGCGGCCCCUCCAUGUGAUCGAGCCCUCGUCGGCUGUCGGACGCGCUGAACCCAGCUACGUCGAGCUUGCCGAAGACGAGAACGGAUACACGCACAUUGCUUACUACGCCAAGGUGUCGGCCAACAAGCCAACCUCGUGGUUGACGACCGGGCCGUGGGAGGUGACUCAGAUCUCCGGGAUCGACUUUGAUCGUGGCAUCAUCUACUAUAUCUCCACACAAGAGGGCUCGACGCAACGCCACCUCUACAGCGUCCAUCUGGACGGAUCGACGCCUCUGAAGCUCACCCCUCCAGCCUCUGCGCGGUCGGUCCCACCGGCGACGACGCUUGUCCCUGUCAUGCCCAUUUUCAACGCCACGCCUGGAGACUUGCCGGCCAAGCCUGUCGGCGUGGAGGCGUUUUUUAGUGUGAGCUUUAGCCCAAAGUGCAAGUACUAUCUGCUAUCCUACGAAGGGCCCGAUGUGCCGUACUCGAAGAUCGUCAAGGUCCAGGGAGCCCAUGGUAAGCCGCACCCAUUCUCGUCCUUUUUGACCCGAAACGACAAACUUCGGAGCACACUCUCCAAUCUCCAGCUCCCACCCGUCAAGUUCUUUACCAUCACUAACGAAGAUGGAGAUGAAAUGAAUGCCAAGUUGAUCGUGCCACACAACUUUGAUCCCUCCGGCAAGACCAAAUACCCCAUCAUGAUGAAAUGCUAUGGCGGCCCCAACUCUCAGUCGGUCCAACAAACCUUUGGAAUCGAUAUCAUGUACUCGUUCACAGCCCUGGGCGUGGUUUCGCUGAUUGUCGAUGGUCGUGGUACCGGGCUCCAGGGCCGCGCGUUCCGAACGAUUGUUAGCAAGAGCCUCGGCCAGUACGAAAGCCUAGACCAGGUCGCCGCUGCCAAGUACAUGGCCACACUGCCGUGGGUGGACAAGCACCGUAUCGGGAUCUGGGGCUGGAGCUACGGCGGGUACCUGACAGCCAAAGUCAUCGAAACAAACUCCAGGGUCUUUAGUCUUGGCGUGUCGGUGGCGCCGGUGACGGACUGGCAUUACUAUGAUUCCGUGUACACGGAGCGCUAUAUGAAGACUCCGGCGAUGAACGGUGCUGGAUACGAGCAGAGCUCGGUCGACUCAAUGGAGGGCUUCCGAAAUGCCGAUUAUCUGAUCAUCCACGGCUCCGGUGACGACAAUGUCCACUGGCAAAACACCGCAGCCCUGGUCUGGAAGCUUACCGGGGCUGGCAUCCGGAACUACCGGAUGCAGAUCUAUCCGGACUCGGACCACUCGAUGAAUGCUGGCGGGGCGCAGACCGAGAUAUUCAAGCUGCUGGAGGACUUUGUCGUUGACAAGUUCCAGCUGGCAAAGUCGGCCCGGGCAACGGCUCUCCCCAAGAGCAAGGUCGAUGGCUCGAGCGGACCAGCAGCGCCCAAGAGCAAGCGGGGUCUCCAUCUGCCGCUGGCUCACGUCGAGGCACUGCCGCCCUUCCCCAAAACACACACUGAGUUUUUGCAGCAACUCUUCUGA